UGGGUCACGUGACGGGGUAUUAGCUCGCUGCCUCUGCUAUGUUCAUCGUUUCUUCGAUUAAUGUCAAAAAUGGCCCAAAUCUCGCUUUCGUCGCUGCGCCGUCGUCGAGGAUCGCCCCGCGGCCGCCGGGAGAGCCGCCCGGGGCGACGCAGCUCGGGCAGUUUGACCGCCAGCAGCGCGGCCUCCGCCGCCGCGUCACGUGACCCGCAUGCGGCGGAGCGGUUUGAUAAACAAAGAUGGCGUGAGCGCGGAGCGGCCGCGAGGACAACACACACACUCCGACCCACAGCUCAGGCGGCCGUCCGGCGGGCAGAUGGAUCCGGGACAGGAUUUACUUCUUGCUGCUUUAAGCGAGAGUGGAAUUUGCCCAAAUGAUAUUGGGCUGCUAGAUAUUGACUGUCAGGAUGCAGCACAGACCCCUACGACCCAACAAUCUAUAUCCAUCAGCGCUCUGGAUGUUGGUGUGGGAGCAGAGUCAGUGGAUGUCGUUCGACCUGAAGCUCCACCUACUGCUGUCCCCAUUGUUACAAUCAGGCAUAAACCUCAGCCAUCAACCACCACGUUUGUCUUAAAUCAGCUAAAUCAGUUACCAUCGCUGGGAACAACUGUGACCAAACAGUCGGUCACCAACCCAGUCAAGCAUACCAUAACUGUCACCAAGGUGGUCCAUGUGGCUAAUUCAGCACUACGAGGUUCAUCAAACCCCUCAUUGACGAAUGUUCCUCCUUCAGUGUCCACAGUAGUGCCUUCUAACAAAGAUCAGCAGAUUCAGUUGAAAGACCUUCUUCGGACUGGAAAUGUGAGAACUGUUGGCCUAAAGGGCAACAGCCUGAUGGAGCUCAUGAAGCUCAAGCCUCCACCUGAUAUUGCUCCACCUGUGGCAACUGCGACAGCCACAGGCCCAGGUGAAAUUAACAAUGGAAUCAAAAAAGACGCGUUGGGGAAAGAUGUUUCCCGAAUCUGGAUUAAAGAUGAUCUUAAAAUACAAAACUUUUCACAUUCUAUGAAACUACCAGGGAUGAAAGAAGAGGAGGAACCUGAGGAGGAAGAGGAAGAUGAGCUAGGUCACGCAGAGACCUAUGCAGAGUACAUGCCAAUGAAACUAAAGAUCGGCCUGAGACAUCCUGAUCCAGUGGUGGAGACCAGUUCUCUGUCCAGCGUGAACCCCCCAGAUGUGUGGUACAGACUGUCCAUCCAAGAGGAGGUCAUUGAUAGUGGGUGGUUGUCUGCACUGCAGCUGGAAGCCAUCACGUAUGCAGCUCAGCAACACGAGACAUUCCUUCCUAGCGGUGAUCGAGCAGCGUACUUGAUUGGUGAUGGAGCUGGUGUGGGGAAAGGCCGAACUAUUGCAGGGAUCAUAUAUGAGAAUUAUCUUCUGGGCAGAAAGAGAUCACUCUGGUUUAGCGUCUCAAAUGAUCUAAAGUAUGAUGCUGAAAGGGAUCUAAGGGACAUCGGAGCGAAGAAUAUCCAGGUUCAUUCACUGAAUAAGUUCAAAUAUGGAAAAAUCUCCUCCAAACACAAUGGGAGUGUAAAAAAAGGCGUGAUCUUCGCCACCUACUCAUCCUUGAUCGGAGAGAGCCAAUCAGGAGGGAAGUACAAGACCAGAUUCCAGCAGCUUCUUCACUGGUGUGGGGAGGACUUUGAUGGAGUCAUUGUCUACGAUGAGUGUCACAAAGCCAAAAAUGUGUGUCCUAUUGGAUCCUCGAAGCCAACAAAAACUGGGCUUGCGGUGUUGGAGCUGCAGAACAAACUCCCCAAAGCUCGGGUUGUAUACGCCAGUGCUACAGGUGCUUCUGAACCGCGAAACAUGGCAUACAUGAACCGGCUUGGCAUAUGGGGGCACAAAACGCCCUUCAGAGAAUUUGGGAAUUUUAUCCAAGCUGUGGAGCGCAGAGGCGUUGGUGCCAUGGAGAUAGUAGCCAUGGACAUGAAGCUGAGAGGCAUGUAUAUUGCACGACAACUGAGUUUUACUGGGGUGACUUUCAAGAUCGAUGAGGUUUCCCUGACUCAACAAUAUAUCAACAUGUAUAACAAGUCUGUGAGGCUGUGGGUUCGUGCACGGGAGAAGUUCCAGCAGGCCGCUAAUCUCAUGGAUGCAGAGCAGCGUAUGAAGAAGUCCAUGUGGGGGCAGUUCUGGUCUGCUCACCAGAGGUUCUUUAAAUAUCUCUGCAUUGCUUCCAAAGUCCGCCGAGUGGUCCAGCUGGCCAGAGAAGAGGUCCAGAAUGGAAAGUGUGUGGUGAUUGGUCUUCAGUCCACUGGUGAAGCAAGAACACUGGAGGCUUUGGAGGAAGGAGGAGGAGAACUCAAUGACUUUGUGUCAACAGCAAAGGGUGUGCUGCAGUCCCUAAUAGAGAAGCACUUUCCAGCUCCAGACAGACAAAAGCUUUACAACCUACUGGGUAUCGACCUCUCUGCAAAGAAGACCCCCUCCCCCAGUGACAGCACAGCAGAGGCCGAACAGAAGGGAAAGAAAAGGAAGGGUUCAGACAUCAAGAAGCGGCAGAAAAAGAAGCCUCGUAAGCAUGGUGGUCUGUCAGGGACGAGUUCAGAGGAGAGCGAGGAAUCUGAGGAGUCAGAGAGAGAAUCUGGGAAAGACAGCGAUGACAGCUUCAAAUCUGUCAGCUCUGCAGACGAAGACGACGACUUCAAUCCUUUCAGAGACGAGUCUGAUAACGAUGAAGAAGAUGAUCCAUGGCUUAUCAGAAAAGAACCAAAAAGGGGCAAAGAGAAGAAAAAGAAGAAGAAGAAGAAUACAAAGAGGAAGAGCAUUGAUCCAGACUCCAUUCAAAGUGCGUUGUUGGCAUCCGGGCUGGGCUCCACCAGGCCUGCUUUCACUGCCUCAGUCAAACCACCAAGCACAUCUGCCGCAGUCAAGACAGAGACUCAGGAUAGCUGUGAGACAAGUCAGGACGCGGUGGAACUUGCGCAGAAAAUGAAGAGACAAUUGCUGGAACAACUGGAAGAGCUGGCUGAGAAUCUGCCUCCUAACACGCUGGAUGAACUGAUAGAUGAACUGGGAGGGCCUGAAAACGUAGCCGAGAUGACCGGUCGUAAAGGUCGCGUGGUCAGUAAUGAUGACGGCACCAUCAGCUACGAGUCCCGCUCUGAGCUGGACGUUCCAGUGGAAAUCCUCAAUCUCACAGAAAAGCAGAGGUUCAUGGACGGAGAGAAGAACAUAGCCAUCAUCUCAGAGGCCGCCAGCUCAGGUAUCUCCCUGCAGGCCGAUCGGCGAGUGAAGAACCAGCGGCGGAGAGUCCACAUGACUCUGGAGCUGCCGUGGAGCGCAGACAGAGCCAUACAGCAGUUUGGGAGAACACACCGGUCAAACCAGGUCACAGCUCCUGAAUACGUUUUCCUCAUAUCAGAACUCGCAGGAGAGCAGAGAUUUGCUUCCAUUGUUGCAAAAAGACUAGAAAGUCUGGGUGCUCUCACUCAUGGAGACAGACGAGCCACGGAAACGCGAGAUCUCAGCAGGUUCAAUUUUGACAACAAAUACGGCAGAAAUGCUCUGGAAAUUGUGAUGAAAUCCAUCGUGAAGCUGGAUGUUCCAUUAGUGUCUCCGCCGUCUCAAUUUAAAGGGGAUUUCUUCAAAGAAAUUCAGAUAGGCUUGAUUGGCGUGGGGCUCAUAAAUGUGGAGGACAGAUCGGGGGCUCUGUCACUGGACAAAGACUACAACAACAUCGGGAAGUUUUUGAACCGCAUUCUGGGCAUGGAGGUCCAUCAGCAGAACGCCUUGUUCCAGUACUUUUCUGACACGCUGGCAGCAGUGAUACAGGAAGCCAAGAAAAAUGGCCGAUAUGACAUGGGCAUCCUCGACCUCGGCUCUGGUGACGAGAAGGUGAAGAAGCUUGAUUGCAGGAAAUUCCUUACACCCGGCUACACAACAUCAGGACAUGUGGAACUCUUCACUGUCGGUGUGGAGAGAGGAAUGUCCUGGGAGGAAGCCACGCAUGUGUGGGCGGACCAGAAUGGACCUGACGACGGCUUCUAUGUACAGAUGAGAAAUAACAAGAAAACAGCAAUACUGGUGAAAGAAGUGAACGCUAAAAAGAGGUUGUUCCUGGUGCACAGGCCAAACACGGGCAGGCAGGUCAAACUGGAGACCUAUGGAGACAUUAAGAAGAAGUUCAAGAAGGUCCUGUCAGAUGAUGCCAAGCUCCACUGGAAUGAUCAGUACAAGUCUUCAGCAAAGAUAUGCUCUCAUGCGUACUGGCGGGGGAACUGUAAGAAAGCAUCAGUGGGUCUACUGUGUGAAGUCGGUCUUCGGUGUAGGACGUACUACGUUCUCUGUGGUUCAGUGCUCAGUGUUUGGAACGAGCUGGAGGAAGUGCUUACCCCGGUCAGCGGAACCAACGUGAAGGUGCAGAUUGUCCGCCUCAGGACAGAAGACGGACAGAGGAUAGUUGGUCUGAUCAUUCCUGCGAACUGCGUGUCUCCGCUGAUGAACAAGCUCUCGACGUCGGACCAGAGUCAGCAGCUGGCUGUGCAGGAGCAGCAGAAGAGGCAGCAGCUCCACCCUCAGAGUCUCAGUCACACACACAACACAUAGUCGUGGUUUCAGUCGCAUCUCCGCCCUGUGGCUUCAUAUCCUGCUGAGGGGAUCCGAUUUACCCACGUCUCUCUGCAUCAUCGUUCCUGGGGGUCAGAGGUGUGACACCAGGCCGCGGUGACUGCUGGAUGGAAGACGGUGGUUGUACAGACACUUAUUUUUCUCCCUACAAAUCUGACGUGGGACGUAUUCUCCUCUGACAUUCAGAGGGAAUUUGAUUUAGUUUGAUUUUAACUAAGAGGGCAUGUAGGCCUAAUUUAUCCACCCCCCCCUUACCUUCAAACUAUUCAGUCAGGACUGAGUGUGAAGGAACGACUCUGGGUCUUGUCUGCAAGUGGAUGAAACGUCUCAGAAGUCAGACAAGCUUUUAAUGCUUGUGUACAGUCCCGUGUUAAUAUAUAGGAAGAUCUCAUUGUGGUGGAUGUUACAGUAGAAAAAAAAAAGAUUGCUAAUUUUUUCUGAUCCAUUCUCGUGCUUCAUCAAACAAUAAAGACCAAAAUCAGGAUCCUACAGAAGAGGAUAAGGGCCACUGAAAAAAAGAAAUUGAAUUCUGAGGGGAAAAAAAUCCUCCCUAAAUUUUAUUUUUUAGGUUUCUGAAAAGUGUCAGAAUUCAAACCUUAAUGUACCAAUGAUGAAGAAGCUCUUGAAUUUUGUAUUAUUAUUAUUUGGCCCUAAUCCUGUUCCGUAGGAUCCACUUCCAUCUUAAACACACCAAUUCACUUCGCUUUGCAAGUCUGAGGUUUCUCAACGUUACGGGGUUUCAUUUCAUUUCAGACUUUAUUACUGAUAUUGUAACAUGAACAGCCAGGAGUUUGUCAAAUGUGCCUUUGUGUCAUUAUACAUAACUGCUACAGUCAGGCACCUUUACAGAGCACUAAGAGAGAGAUUUGGUUAUUUACUUUCAGAUGUGGUGUGAUUUCUAUUCAUGAAGUAGCAGAAAAGGAUACUAAAGGACCUUGUCACUGCUCCUGAACUGGAUAUUUAAACUUCAGUGGUCUCCUUAUAAAGCCCAAUGCUUCAUGAACCGUCUUCUGGACGGAUGUGGACUUGGGCUUCUCCGAGACAACUUGUUUUAAAUGGUGUAACAAAAAAAAUUAUAUAUAUAAAUAUAUAUAUAAUUUUCUAUAUAAUACACACACUGCAGGAAGUGUUGAAAGUUGAAGUUGAAACACUUGAAGGACUUUUUUUUUUUUUUUUUUUUUUUUUUCCCCUCAUCGUUGCACGAGUUGCACUACUGACAAGAGGUGUACAGAAAAUCAAAUGUUCCUUGUACAUGAAUGAGUGCAAUGCUCAAUAAAGCUUGAUAUACUUCUACCUUGUUUGUUCUGAGACUAAUGCUGAAAUCCCAUCAGAAAACUGAUGUACAUGUCAUAGUUUGGUUAAAAACAAAAAAAAUAUGUGUUAUGAGUGAUUAGUGGAAACCAAAGGUUCAACAGAUAUUCUGGCACAAUUGACAAUCUUAUACUAUAAAGAUAAAUUGUUCUGGUAGUGAUUUGAGAAGAUAAGCCUUCAUUGAUCACGUCUUCUUCAGGGUCCCUGAGCACCGGAGCAGGGAUUCACCUGUCAUCACAGGGCCACGUGACCUACUACUGCACACACCGUCUUUAAUCACAGAUUCAGCCCAACGGGCUGGUUUUUACACUCUGGGAGGAAACUGAAGCUCCCCAGCUAGGAUUAGAUCCAGAAACUUUCUAGCUUUGCACUCCACCAAAACUCCACCCUUUAUUGGUCCCCUGCACAAAAAAGGGCCAAAUAAAAUACGUGGAGGAAUUUACACAUCCAUUAUGAGGUGAUCUGUUUGUGUAAGAUGCUCGAGUUUAUCAAUAAAAGGCAUUUCAUGUGACAACUUAACUCAGCAGGUUGCUCUUUGGUUCAAGACUGAAUAGUUCCUGCUACUGAUCUGUAUUUAUGCUAAAAAUGUUUCUUUUUCUAAAUUUCAAAGCUACAAAUGAAGUCCUUGAACACGGCUGCACCUGGCAUUUAGAGCAUUAUAUUCUGAAUAAAACUUACAUCCGUGGGAUGAAAACAGU